CUGAGAAACUCGUCUAUGCACUGCUCGACACUCAAAGCGAUACUACGUUUAUUGACCAAGAAGUGAGUGAUGGUCUUAAUGCUGACAAGUAUCCAGUGAAACUCAAGUUGACGACUAUGAGCGGCAGGGAUACGGUGAUCACAAGCGAAGGUGUCUCUGGGCUUCGUGUUAGAGGAUAUAGUUCUGCAGUUCAAGUCGAUCUUCCGGUUACCUAUACAAAGGACUGCAUACCUGUCAACCGCUCUCACAUUCCCACUUGUGAGACGGCUAAAAAAUGGAGUCAUCUGGCAGAAAUAGUGGAUGAAAUACAACCACUGAAGGACUGUGUAGUAGGUCUUUUGAUUGGCUACAACUGCUCAAGAGCUAUGGCACCAAGGAAGGUCCUUUUAGGAGACGACGAGGAACCCUAUGCUGUAAGGACUGAUUUAGGAUGGAGUAUUGUAGGGCGCUCACUACAAACUCAGGAUGUGUUGAGCACACAUCAUCUGUGUCACAGAAUUACAGUUAAAGAGCUACCUCCGUUAACUCCUACCGAUGUCAUUCGCGUUCUUGAGUCUGACUUCAAAGAUGGCAAUGACGACAGCAAAGUUGUGUCACAAGACGACAUCACAUUUCUUAACAUACUGGAGAAGGGAAUAAGGAAAAAUGUGUCUGGACAUUAUGAAAUGCCUCUGCCCUUCAAAACCAGGCCCAGCCUGCCUGACAACAAAGGCUCAGAUAUUACGCGCCUUCUUCACCUUAAAAGGAAAUUACAACGGGAUGAAAGGUAUAAGGAACAUUAUGUUGAGUUCAUGGAGGAAGUCAUUGGGAAAGGAGAUGCUGAGCAGGUCAAUGACGGUGGGAGUGAAGGGGAGAGAUGGUACAUUCCCCAUCAUGGUGUGCGUCACGCGAAGAAGCCAGAUAAACUUCGUGUGGUCUUUGAUUGCUCAGCCAGAUACAAAGGAACAAGCUUGAAUGAGCACCUCCUCUCUGGGCCCGACAUGUUGAACAACUUAGGUGGAGUUCUCAUCCGUUUCCGACAGCACCCAGUUGCGUUGAUGUGCGACAUUCAGAAGAUGUUCCAUCAGUUCCAUGUGGUUGAAUCUGAUCGCAACUUCUUGCGCUUCCUCUGGUGGAAGCAAGGAAAUUUGAACUCACAGCCCACCGAGUUUCGCAUGAAGGUACAUUUGUUCGGUGCUGCUUCUUCUCCGGGAUGUGCAAACUAUGGGAUGAAACAUCUAGCUAAGGAGAAUCGCGACAUCUACCCUCAAGGCUCAAGAUUUGUUAUGAGGAACUUUUAUGUGGAUGAUGGGCUCGCAAGCGUCGAAAACACCGAAGAUGCCAUUCAGCUUGCCAGGGAAGCUCGUGAACUCUGCGCCAUGGGCGGUCUCCGACUACAUAAAUUUGUGUCUAAUGACAAAAGGGUAUUAGAGAGUAUACCACUCUCCGAACGAGCCACCAACGUGAAGGAUAAGAAUCUCUCAUUUGAUGAAUUGCCACUCGAGAGAGCUCUCGGGAUUCAAUGGGAUGUGGAGUCUGACCGCUUCAAGCUUAACGUCAGCCUCAAAGAACAGCCUGCGACGCGACGCGGCAUUUUAUCUACAGUAGCUUCACUGUACGAUCCUCUUGGAUUUGUAGCGCCAGUCGUCCUCAAAGCAAAGAGCAUUCUUCAAGAGAUGUGCAGGCGAGGUACUGGCUGGGACGAUCCUCUUACUGAUUAGCUUCGACAUAAAUGGGAACAAUGGAAAAGAGAUCUAGCCCACUUAGAUAAUUUUACCAUAGCCCGUACCUACUCACCUGCUGGAUUUGGAAGGGUCUCUAAGACAGAGCUGCAUCACUUCUCUGAUGCCAGUGUGAGGGGUUAUGGUCAGUGUUCAUACCUGCGACUUCAAAACGAAAAGGGAGAUGUUCAUUGUGCCUUGGUUGUAGGAAAAUCACGUGUCUCUCCAACCAAAGUCACAACCAUCCCACGACUAGAAUUAACAGCAGCAGUUGUUUCCGUGAAAAUAAGCAACAUGCUUAAGGAGGAAUUGGGAUGCAUUAAUGCAGAGGAAUUCUUCUGGACUGACUCUAAAGUGGUCUUAGGAUACAUAAGAAAUGAAGCGCGACGGUUCCACACGUUUGUAGCUAACCGGGUUCAAAAGAUUCAGCUCAGCUCAGCCCCACAACAGUGGCGAUAUGUCCCGACAAAUGAGAAUCCUGCUGACCACGCCUCCCGGGGCUUGACUGCCAGU